AUGUCCAUUCGUGAAUCUUAUUGUUACAAACUGCAAAUGAGAGUUGAUGAAGAAGAUGAAAUCUUACACACUGGAAUAAUAUUCAAGCAAUAUUCGGUUGACGAAUAUAUAAAACUUGAAACACAAAUAUUGGAUUUUUAUUCAUUUAAUCAGGAUUUAUUCAGAACAGAUUUACUACAAGGACUCAUUGAUAUUUUGAGAUUCGGUGGGAGAGAUGCUUCAAAUAUCGGUAAGAGAAGAUUUCUCUCGAAUUAUUUUAUUGGUGGCCCUAGAGAUAUGCGCCAAUGCUACAUGGAUGCAAUUGCAUUAGUCGAGCGUUUUGGUAAACCUGAUUUAUUUAUAACCAUGACGUGUAAUCCAUCUUGGCCAGAAAUAAAGGAACAUUUAGUAUCUAUUGAUGAAGCACAAAAUAGGCCUGCUGUAAUUAGCAGAGUGUUUAGAGAAAAAAUAGAAGAACUAAAAACGGAUAUCCUAAAACGAAAUAUUUUUGGAAAAGUUGCAGCUUUUAUGUAUACCGUUGAAUUUCAAAAACGAGGUUUACCACAUGCUCAUUUCCUUCUAAUACUUACUGCUGAAUACAAGUUGUUGACACUGGAAUCUUAUAAUAGUAUCAUUAGGGCUGAAUUACCUGAUCAAGAUGCAGAACCAUAUUUAUAUUCAUGUGUUCUUAAACACAUGAUGCAUGGUCCUUGUGGUAAUCUAAAUCCUACAAAUCCUUGCAUGAAGAAGAUGGGUUGUUGCAAGUUUAAUUAUCCAAAAAGCUUCACCGAUCAUACCUCAAAAGGAGCUAAUUCUUAUCUAAUUUAUAGAAGAUGA